GGGGGUCAUGUGACCUGCUGCUGUCAUAUGAUCGCUGUGAUUCUUUAUUGUCGGCAGCUGCAGACACAACUUUCACUGUUGAGAGAGAAACCAGGUGAAACCAGGUGCGGACAGACAGUAAAGGUGAUGAAGAGAGAGAGGAAACGGGGAGAGAGUAAGGGAAUGACAUGCAGUAAAGGUCCGGCCGGAUCGGGAGUCGGGGGUUCGCCUGCUCAGGCCACUAGGGCCUACAUGAUGCAGGUGUUGUUGUUGUGUUACUUCCUGUUCCUGCUCGGCGCUGACACUGCUCCAACUGCAGAUGAGGUCACUUACCUGCCUGGUCUGCAGAAACAGCCGAGCUUCAGACAUUACUCUGGAUACCUGAGUGUGGCUGAUGGGAAACACCUGCACUACUGGUUCGUGGAGUCUCAAAACGUCCCAGCCUCUGACCCAGUGGUGUUGUGGUUGAAUGGUGGCCCCGGCUGCAGCUCUCUGGACGGACUGCUCACUGAACAUGGACCCUUCCUGAUCCAGGAUGACGGAGUGACACUGCAGUACAACCCGUACUCCUGGAACAAGAUCGCCAACAUGUUGUACCUGGAGUCUCCGGCAGGAGUCGGCUUCUCGUACUCUGAUGAUCGGAACUACGUCACCAAUGACACCGAGGUGUCAAUGAACAACUACCUGGCUCUGAAGGAAUUCUUCCGUCUGUUCCCAGAGUUCAGUAAGAACGAACUCUUCCUGACUGGAGAGAGUUACGGAGGAAUCUACAUCCCAACACUGGCGGAGCGAGUGAUGGAGGACGCCAGCCUCAACCUACAGGGCGUUGCCGUGGGAAACGGGAUGUCAAGUUACGAGAUGAAUGAUAACUCUCUGGUUUACUUCGCCUACUACCACGGCCUGCUGGGAAGUCGCCUGUGGACCAGACUACAGACGUUCUGCUGCAGGAACGGGACCUGCAACUUCUACAAUAACCAGGACCAGAACUGCUCCGACAGCGUGUCUGAGGUCCAGGUGAUUGUCUACAGUUCAGGAUUGAACAUGUACAACCUGUACGCUUCCUGUCCAGGUGGACUCGGCCAGAGAGUCAGUGUUGAUCGAGGUGAGCUGGUGAUCAGAGACCUUGGGAACUCGUUCAUCCACCACCCGUGGACUCAGCUGUGGAACCAGAAGUUACGGGGUCUGGCGUCUCUCCACCUGUCAGUCCGCCUGGACCCCCCUUGCACCAACUCCACCCCCUCCUCCCUCUACCUGAACAACCCGUACGUCAGAGCUGCUCUGCACAUCAGCCCCAAGGCCCUGGAGUGGGUCAUCUGCAGCUCUGAGGUGAAUCUGAACUAUGGUCGUCUCUACAUGGACGUCAGGAAACAGUACCUGAAGCUGCUCUGCUGCUUUGGUCAGUGAACUCACCUGUUCCUCCUUAAUCACCUGUUCACCUGGUCACCUCACCUCUAUCACAGCUCUGAGGUGACAUCACUUCUCAUCUGUCAAGUGUUUGAGAUAAGAAGUAUCGGGUCCUGGUUUACAACGGAGAUGUGGACAUGGCCUGUAACUUCAUGGGGGACGAGUGGUUUGUCGAGUCUCUGCACCAGCAG